AUGGGAGGUGACAACCUCACUUUCACUAAUGAAUUUGUCUUGGUGGGACUCUCCAGUGACCAUGAGACACAGAUUUUCCUCUUUGUGGUCAUUCUCCUCGUCUACUCAUUUACCCUUGUGGGGAACCUAGGGAUCAUCGUGCUCGUACAGACAGACUCUCACCUCCACACACCCAUGUAUUUCUUCCUCACCCACCUCUCGAGCCUGGAGAUUUGUUAUGUCAACUGCACCAUACCCCAGAUGCUGGCUCAUCUUCUCAUGGGUCAUGCAGAAUUGUCCUUAAUCCGUUGUGCAUUACAGAUGUAUGUAGCUUUGGCAAUGGCCACCGCUGAAGCAUUUUUGUUGAGUGUCAUGGCCUAUGAUCGUUUCUUAGCCAUCUGCCGUCCCCUGAUCUAUGCCACUGUCAUGAGAAGAUGGCACCAGUUACAACUUGCUUCAACAUGUUGGGUAGGUGGCUUUUGUGUUGCUGUCGUAUGUGUCAGCAUCACCUUUAGCCACCACUUCUGCAAUCCCUGCUGUGUCAACCACUUUAUCUGUGAGAUACCAAUGGUGUUGAAACUAGCAUGUGAUGAUACCCACACCACAGAAUUCAUAAUUUUUGUGUUUGCGGCAAUGGUCAUCUUCAUACCCAUUUCCGUUAUCUUGAUCUCCUAUGUGCUGAUUUUGCUUUCCAUGUUCCAAAUGCGUUCAGCCACUGGACUGCGCAAGGCCUUCUCUACAUGCGGCUCCCAUUUAGCAGUGGUCAUCAUGUUCCUUGGUGGAACCACCUUCACCUAUCUUAUACCCGAGUCAGGACGAUCGCCUGAUACCGACAAGCAAAUUGCAGUGUUUUACGUUGUGGUCACCCCUCUUCUAAACCCGAUCAUUUACACCCUGCGGAACAAAGAUGUCCAUGAGGCGAUGGCCAAGGCGCUGCAAAGACUGGGCUUUGCUAAGAAAAGCUGA